AUGGAAAAUGAUAGGAAGGUGAGUUUUCACGGCCUAUUUAAGCAUCACUCGUUGCCUCAGGGAAAGACAAACCAACUUACCCAAACCAAAACAGGAGAAGGAGAAGAAGAAUCCAUGGAUUCUUCGCCAGAAUUCAAGAGGGUCAUGAGCCUUGUAGCUGCCCUUGCCCUUUUCACUACCUUUACCAUUCCACUCCCUACUCAUGCUUCCCCUAUCGAAGCCCAAGCCCUCCUCAAAUGGAAGUCUUGUCUUGGCAACCAUUCAGAUUCUUCCCUCUCUUCGUGGACCCCCUCUCCUCGUAAUGCCACCAGUUCCAACUCAACCGUGAGUACAUGUGCUUGGUAUGGCAUCUCUUGUAAUCGGGCGGGGAGUGUGAUCGGGAUAAAUCUCACUAGCGCCUAUGUCAAAGGUACACUCGACGAAUUCCCAUUCUCAUCUUUGUCUCAUCUCAUGUACAUGGACCUGAGUAUAAAUAGUCUCUCUGGUUAUAUUCCGCCUCAAAUCGGUCUAUUGAGCAAUCUCACCUAUCUCGACCUCUCUAUCAAUCGGUUCAUGGGGAAAAUACCGACAGAGAUAAGCCAUCUAACUAAACUAACAGUCUUGCACCUGGUUUCCAAUGAGUUAAAUGGCUCCAUUCCCCAAGAAAUCAGACAAUUGCAUUUGCUCAAUGAGGUCGCGCUAUAUUCGAACCAUUUGAAUGGACCCAUACCUUCCUCAUUAGGUAAUUUGAGCAAAUUUGCUAGACUGUAUGUCUACAACAACUCCCUUUCUGGUUCUAUUCCUCCUGAAAUGGGAAAUAUGGCAAAUUUGGAAGUGCUCCACAUGGACACCAACUUCCUAACAGGACCGAUUCCUUCCACUUUAGGGAACUUAACCAAAUUGAUAGAGCUGAACCUAUUUGCUAAUGAGCUUACUGGCUCCAUCCCACUGGAGCUAGGGAAUUUGAGUCGUCUUAGUGAGUUGAGCCUUAGUGAUAAUAAUCUUAUGGGUUCAAUCCCACCAACAUUAGGCAAUUUGAUGGAGCUUACCUCUCUUUAUCUCUACAAUAAUAAGCUUUCCGGUCACAUUCCUAAUGAAAUGGGAAAUAUCCACGCUAUGCUUGACUUAGAGCUAAGUACAAAUCAGCUCAUUGGCCCAAUUCCUUCUUCUUUGGGUAACUUGACCUACCUAACAUCUUUGUUUCUCCGCGACAAUCACCUUUCUGGUUCAAUUCCUAGAUCCUUAGGGGAUCUAGUGAACUUGGAGGUGCUGCAAUUGGACACCAACCAGUUAAGCGACUUCUUACCAGAGAAACUAUGCCAAGGUGGGUUGCUCCAAAACCUUACAGUGAGUGGCAACAACUUAACUGGUUCUAUCCCUAGAAGCUUGAGAAAUUGCACAAGCUUAGUCAGAGCACGCUUUGAGGAAAACCAGCUCACUGGAAACAUAUCCGAGACCUUCGGUGUCUACCCCAACCUAACCUUUAUCGACAUGAGUUUCAACAAGUUCUGUGGAGAAAUCUCAACAAACUGGGGAAGUUGCAUGCAUUUAAGGGAUCUAAGAAUUGCGGGAAAUAACAUCACCGGUAGCUUGCCUCCAGAGAUUGGAAACGCAACUCAACUAGGUGCAAUUGAUCUUUCCUUCAAUAGCUUAGUUGUCUAG